AUGGAUUUCUCAUUGAAGUGCAAUUCUUUGAAAUGUCGGACAGAGUUGAAAGAAAAGGCCGUGGUGACAACCUGCUCUCAUAUCUUCUGUCAUGACUGCGCAGAAGUCCUUGGGCUUUCCCAUCCAACGACCAGCAACCGGUGCUGUCCUGCUUGUCAGACGGUGCUCCUCAAUCCAGAUGACGCUGUUUCAACUGUUUUGAAUCCAACAGAGGACUACAAAACAAGCGUGCUUAGUGGAUUGGAUCCAAACACAAUCAUGGAAUGUGCAGGUCGUGCAUUAGGAUUUUGGGCCUAUCAAAGCACACAGGAGAUUUUCUAUCAGGAGUUCCGAGCAAAGACACUCACGGAGAAAUAUGCCACCCUCAACACGCAGAUGGACAAGGUUAUCCACAAUGCCAACACAGAGAUCUUAUCUCUUCAGAGCAAACUGUCUAACAUGCAAUCGGCCCAAGAAGAUCUCCAAAAGAAGAAUCAAGAAUUGAAUGAUCUAUACCGAGACAAGAACAACAAGCUCUCACAGAUGACAAACCUAUACAAUCUCCUCAAAGCGCGAGCUAUGCGGUCCCGCAUGCAGACCGCUGCUUCAGACACAGUAUCUCAAGCUCUGAACUCACUUCCUUCUCUGAACGUACCGCCCUCUGUCUCUGUUGGCCGAUCUGAAAUGUCGCCAGUACUUCCCCUAAAGGUAUCGCGACACCCUCAAGCCCAAUCGUUCCCUGUCGAUCCUGAGGGAGUUGAGCAGUUGCAUCGACACCAGCGAAGUGGCACGGGAAGUUCCAAGAGGGCAAGGACAAAGAGACCUAAAAGCGCGCCGAUGCUACCUCCAGCAAGGCCAAAUUGGAAUGGGCGCUCUGAGCCCGAUCACAAUCCACAGCAUCGUACCAGGCUCCCCCGUCUGUCCAGGACUCCGACUAUGUUGUCUGAGUUUCCGCCUAGUGAUGCUAUUAUGCAACGAUUUGGGAAGUGA